AUGGUACUGCUCCAUGCGGGCGAAGACCUAACCUCACAAGAGGAAAACUACAUCCGCUUCGAGCAGCUGUACGAUUGGACAUCCGCCAGCAUCGAAGCCCAAAUCAUGGACCAUCAACAUCCUCCACCACAUCCGCAAGUCAUCGUGCACCAACAGCCGCUGAAAGCGCCAUUCCCGACAUUCGACGAUCAACGCAUUAUCGUCGAGACUCACAUCCGUGGCAUACUCUCGCUGAGGAAGAUGACAUCCGAAUCUCAUAAGGAACUUCGAAACCUUAUCGACGAGUGUACCAAGCAUGUCGAGUGUCUCGAAUAUCUGCAGCAAGAAUUGAGCGGCGUAUCCGAAUUGAUGGUCGUUUUCUUGCUAACGUCAGCGUUGGAUCCAUCUACACGAAAGGUGUGGGAACAAUCACUCCAAUCCGGAGAGUUGCCGAAAUACCGAUCCACGAUUGCCUUCCUCAAGAGUCAGUGCCAAGUGUUGGAACGAUGCGAAUCCGUUUGCCCGAUCACGAUGCCGAAACCAUCUACAACCAAGCAAGCUCAACCGAAGGUCCCCAAUCAGCGGUCGUACGCAGCAACCGCAGCGUUCGACAAACCGUCCAUCCAAUGUGCGUUUUGUGAUGGCCCGCACCGAAAUUUCCAAUGCAACAAGCUGUCCAUUCUACCCAGCGCCGAAAGAAUGGAAAAGGUUCGAGCUUCCGGAGUGUGCUACAAUUGCCUAACCAAAGGUCAUCGCUCGAAGGAUUGUCCGUCAACCAAGAACUGCCAGAAGUGUGGUAAACGACACCACACUCAGCUCCACGAAGAACAACAACAACAACCGAAACCGAUGGCUACACCCACAACAACCAACCUGUUGUUGCUCACCGCUGUCGUUCACGUCCUGAAUAACGACAACCAACCCCAAACUUGCCGAGUUCUCCUAGACAGUGGUUCCCAGGUAAAUUUCAUCACCGAUCAGUUGGCCAACACGCUGCGUCUCGAGAAACGAAAGGUCGAAGUUCCAAUUGGUGGCAUCAACGGAAUUAAAACUGUGGCCCGCCAUCUCAUCAAGGUUCACCUCCAAUCACGCUGUAGUGAUUUUCGCACCGAGCUAGAAUGUCUAGUCAUCCCGAAGGUGACUGGUCCGAUCCCAUCAACCAACAUCGAUAUUACCGAUUGGCAUUUCCCCCAUGGUAUCCAACUAGCAGAUCCGAACUUCUUCAAGCCCGACAAAAUCGAUCUACUGGUUGGAGCAGCCCUAUUUUUCAACAUAGUCAAGACCGGCCAUCUCAUACUGGAUCCCUGUUUACCCGAACUCCGAGAGUCAUACCUUGGUUGGCUUGUGACUGGUACCCUGACAUCUAAAUCCAACUAUGAGCCCAUCCAAUAUGCCCAACUAGCCUCGGUGGAAUCCAUCGAAAAUUCCAUCACCAGAUUCUGGGAACUUGAGGAAGUUCCAACCGCUCCGAAAACGACAGCCGAAGAGCAGCAAUGUGAGGAACAUUUUGUUGCCACCCACACCCGUGAUGUUUCCGGUAGGUACACCGUUCGAUUGCCGUUGAAACCAAAUGCCGACAAGCUGGACAGCUGCCGAAAUUUAGCAUUGAAAAGGUUUUUCAUGCUGGAAAAUCGCUUGCAACGGAAUCCCGAACUGUGGUCCCAGUAUGUUGAAUUCAUUCGUGAAUAUCAACUACUUGGUCACUGCCAAACCAUCAACGAAGCCGACGACCCGCCCCAGCGUGGGAAAUAUUAUCUUCCACAUCACGCUGUACUUCGCCCCAGCAGCACCACCACAAAGUGCAGAGUGGUGUUCGAUGGAAGCGCAAAAUCAUCCCCGUCUGGUCUUUCCCUCAACAACGUCCUCACCGUCGGCCCAGUGGUUCAAAACGACUUGUUUAGCAUUAUGCUAAGGUUCCGCAAACAUCGUUACGUUUUUACUGCUGACAUCGCCAAAAUGUACCGACAAGUACGAGUGCAUACCGACGACACUGGCUAUCAACGCAUUUUCUGGAGAGAAAACCCGAAACACCCCCUGCAGGUUCUAGAGUUGACAACCGUCACCUAUGGGACCGCAUCAGCUCCGUUUCCAGCAACCAGGUGCUUGAUACAACUCGCCGACGACGAGGGAGACAAGUUUCCCAAAGCUGCUAACAUCUUAAGACAUGAUUGCUAUGUUGACGAUAUCAUGUCUGGUUCCGACAACAUCGACGAGGUGAUUGAAAUCCAACGACAACUGAAGGCCAUUCUGCUGAAGGGUGGUUUUCCUGUCCACAAAUGGUGCUCCAACUCAACACAAUUGCUCGAGCACAUCCCGGUGAAUGAGCAAGAAACCACCAAACGAUACGACGAAUUCGACAUCAACGAAGCGAUUAAGGUCCUAGGCGUUCUGUGGGUGCCUAGUACUGAUCAGCUUUUAAUUGCCCGAUGUACUUCCCCGACGGUUAACGAAAAGCAGCCCUCCACGAAACGAAUUGUGUGUUCCGAAAUCGCCAAAUUGUUCGAUCCAUUGGGAUUGAUAUCGCCAACCAUCGUCAUCGCCAAACUCCUGGUUCAACAACUUUGGCGAAAGAAGUUGGAUUGGGACGAUCAUCUCGACAACGACAGCCUCAAGCAUUGGAAUGAGCUCCGAGAGUCACUUUCUCAUCUCAACGAAAUUGCAAUCCCCCGCCAAGUGACAUUCAACGACGCUGUGGUUUACGAGCUGCAUGGUUUCGCCGACGCUUCUAUGGUAGCAUAUGGUGCAUGCGUCUACAUACGAAGCAUUUUCCCCGAUGGUUCCUGUAAGGUUCGCUUGCUGAGCAGCAAAUCGAAAGUCGCCCCCCUCCACGAAUUGUCCAUCCCAAGGAAAGAAUUGUGUGCUGCAGUACUUCUAGUCAAAUUGGUGACAAAGAUUGUUUCCUUUAUUGACAUCAAUUUUCGCCAAGUUCUACUUUGGUCCGACAGCCAAAUCGUUUUGGCUUGGAUCAAAAAACACCCCGACCGACUUGAGAUUUUUGUGCGCAAUCGAAUUGCUGAAAUCAAUCUUCACACCCAACAAAAACAGUGGCAUUACGUUCCAUCGCAGUUCAAUCCAGCCGAUAUUGUGUCGAGAGGUCAACUGCCGUUCCCGCUGAGCCAAAAUACGACGUGGUGGGAAGGCCCACAAUUCCUGACCGAAGCAACUUUCAUCGAAGAGCGCCCAGAAGACAUCCCCGAUGAUGAAUUGCCGGAGUUAAAAGUCAACUUGGUGACUACUCUGGCAACCAAUCAAAAACCAUUGGACGUUUUCACCGAUGUGAGCUGUUUCCGAAGGCUGCAACGAAUUAUCGCCUGGGUGUUGAGGUAUCUGAACAACCGCCGCAAGCCAAAAGAGGAACGUGUGUUGCAUCCGCAUUUGACUAUCGACGAGCUUCGAAAUUCCAUGUUGGUCAUCGUUCGUGUCAUUCAACGUUUGGAAUUUGACGACGAAAUCAAACGUGUCCAAAAAGGUGUCCCAUGCAAACGAUUAGCAGCUCUCAAUCCCAUCCUAUCCGACGGUCUUCUUCGAGUUGGUGGUCGACUGAGACAUUCCAACUUGCCCGACGAAUCAAAGCAUCAGCUCAUCCUACCAAACAACAAUUCGGUCACAAAGCUACUGGUCCGAGCUUUGCACCUUGAGCUUCUCCAUGUGGGUCCGAGUGGGCUCAUCUCAGCGCUUCGACAACGAUUUUGGUUACUCAACGCCCGUUCAACUGUUCGCAAUGUUACACGGCAAUGCAUCAAAUGUUUCCGUGUGAAUCCAACCAACGUCCAGCAACUGAUGGGUGAAUUGCCAAAGCAGCGUGUGGUGUUGUCCUCGCCGUUCAACAUCACCGGAGUCGAUUAUGCAGGUCCAAUCCAAGUGAAGCAAGGUAAAUAUCGUCCGAAGGUGGUUAAGGCUUACGUCUCGGUGUUCGUGUGCAUGGCCACAAAAGCAAUACAUCUGGAAUUGGUGUCAGAUUUGACGACCGAUGCAUUCAUCGCUGCCCUAGAGAGGUUCAUCAGCCGCCGAGGAAUGGUUGCCGAAUUGCAUUCCGAUAAUGCAACCAACUUCAAAGGUGCCAGCAACGAACUCCAUCAAUUGUACCAGCAGUUCCAGGAGCAGCAACAAGCCAACAGAAUCGAGAGGUAUUGCCAGUCGAAAGAAAUCGCUUGGCAUUUCAUCCCGCCAAAUGCUCCCGAGUUUGGUGGCCUUUGGGAGGCCGCUGUAAAGAGCACCAAAUAUCAUCUCAAGCGAAUCAUCGGUACCACUUUGUUGUCCUUCGAAGAAAUGGCCACUCUGUUGUGUAAGAUCGAAGCCAUCCUCAACUCCAGACCCUUGUAUGCGGUUUCCAACGAUCCUGCUGAUCCGGAGGUAAUUUCGCCAGCCCAUUUUCUUAUCGGUCGACCAUUGACGGCACCAUCAGGCCCUACCUAUUGCGAUGAGAAAAUAGGACGAUUAAAUAGAUGGCAACAUAUUCAACUUAUGCGUGAGCACUUUUGGAGAGCUUGGUCCAGGGACUAUUUGUCAUCUCUUCAGGUGCGUAAGAAGAACACAUCCGUACAAGAUAACAUCAAACCUGGCAUGAUUGUUAUCCUCCAUGACAACAACCGACCCCCCCUCGAAUGGAAACUUGGCCGCAUCACAGCAGUGUUCCCUGGCGAUGAUAAUUUGGUUCGCGCCGUAGAUGUCUUCAGCGAAGGUUCAACAUAUCGUCGUGCUAUCACCAAGAUAUCGCUCCUACCAAUAGAGGACAACAAGUCACCACUCCCGGCCGGAAUAUGUUCCGUUUCUGACAAUCUGCCAGCACGGAAGAAGUCGACAUAA